AUGGGCAAUGAAAUGUACACUUCUCAGGAUUUUUUUAAUCCAUCACUCUCAAAAGUUCGCUGUCUUUGGAGCUUUUCGAGCCCUACAUCUAGACUCAAAGAUGUGCUACGAAACGCCUUUUACCUUGAUUUGGUGCUCGAGCGUCUGGUGUGUACAUGUUACAAUUUGAGGGCAAAGCCCGGUGAGGAUAGACUUGAAAUGGCCAUCAAAAUCAUACUUGUGGCUCGCGCUGGCUACCUGUGCAGGAAAGAUAUUCUGGAGUUGAGGAUGCGUCAUUCCGAAUGGAUUGAAUCUGUGAUUCCAUUUUCAACCGCUAACGGCUACUAUCCCUCCGUUGAACGAGACGCAGAAAAUGAUCUUCUCGCUCUGCUAGUAUCAUCUCCUGGAGCUUUACUUCUGAGAAAACCGCAUAAUACUUUGUACCGAGAGACGAUGAAGACCGUCGAAGAGGAUCUGAAGGUACGACUAUCAUUCGAUUGGGUACUGCCGACUCCGCCCUCGGAACGAAAAGUGGCUAUGGUAGGCGGACGGAGCAUGUUUGACGCAAAAAACAAGGGAUUCUGCUAUAGGGGUGCAUAUGAAGCUGCUGAAGCUCUUGGAAUUUCUGUCGUUGUGGUCGACCGACCGGGAUAUUGGCUCCAAGACGAGGCAUACUCUCAGCUUCGGAGUGACUUUGUUUCUAUUGAUAUGAUCAUAGACGAGGGGCUACCAUCGAGAAUUGCAGACGCUGUCAAAGACUUGGAGAUUGACGGCAUCGAUUCAUUCGCAGAUGAGCUUGUAGGUGCAACUGCACAAGCAGCAGAAAGACUGGGUCUUCCAACCGACCCCGUGUCGGCAUACAUGCGGGCUCUUGACAAGCACGAAACAAGCAAGCUAUUCAACACAACUAUCCAAACACUUCUUCUCGACAAUGCAGGACUGUUGGAUGACCCGUCGAUGUUACCGCAAUUAGAAUCCUUACGCUACCCCUUGAUCAUCAAACCAUGUCGAGGUGGGGGUUCCAGAGGGGUUAUGAAAGCGAAUAGCUGGGCGAGCCUGCGUCAGGCUGCGCGUCAAGUGGAGGAUUGGGGUUAUUCUAAGCAAGGCAUUCUCAUAGAAACCUAUGUCGAUGGCCCAGAAGUGGAUGCCAACUUUGCGCUCUGGGAAGGCGAGAUACUCUUUUUCGAAAUAUGUGACGAUUUCCCCUGUGAUGCCGAUGCGGAAGACGCCACGACCUCCGAUACUUUUGCCGAAGACAACAUGGUUAUGCCCAGCCGCCUACCGCGCGAGGAGAGAGACUUGGUUCGGUCAUCCUUACACAACUCGCUUCUUCAGUUGGGCUUCCGCUCGGGUGUUUUUCACGUGGAAGCCCGGAUACAGAACUCGACAAUGCGUUACCAAGAUACCAACGGCAUCGUCGAUUUGGAGUCGGCUGACGGCAUAUCAGAAGGAGCGGGAAACCGAAGGCAACCUGAAGUAUUUCUAGUUGAAGUCAACCCCCGGCCAGCGGAUUUUGAUAACAUUUACGGAAUUGCGUACACCUAUGGUGUCGACUUCAACAGUCUUCAUUGGCUGCGAGCCCUUGACGAUGGUGCGCGUUUCACAGCCCUGUGCCACCCCUUUACCUGUGGUACACAGUACUACUCAUGUAUUUUGGUUAUUCCCAUCCACAGAGAGAAUGUCUUCGUACCAGAAAACUAUUGUACCGAGAUAUUGAGGCGGCUGCCCGAGGUCGCACCGUAUGUGUCUGGAACAGAAUGUUUUACAGCAGGAAAGAGGGUGUCGCCUGUAGGAGGGGCUGGGCAUAUUGGUUCUUUUCUGGUUUACUCUAAAAAAAGUAGAAGAAAUUUACUAGAAAUGUGUAUGUAUAUUAAGAAGGUUUUCAGAGAUAUUCUUGAUAAUAUUUAG